AUGAGUCGCAAACCUCUAGACCCGGAGGCAGGAAGGCCGCCUGAGGCAUGGCGGGAUGGAUACCCGGCUGUCGCAGCAUGGAUGGCGAAAGAUCCGGACAGCGAGUCUUUCGUCUAUCGCAAGUUCGAUAAACUCAGCGCGCGGAACUUAUUGAACCUCCAGAGCGAACUGAUAGAUCUGGAAUCGAGACAGGACAAGUUCGAUGAGGAGUCGAGGAACUCAAACGACCUGGUCCUGAAACAAUCGAAUAGGAAAUGGGAGACUUUUGUGAAGAAUGCGGCAGAGCGUGAGCAGGAAAGACAACGAAUGGAGCUUAAUAAGGAGAUUCGAGCGAAGUUGAGAGAGUAUCACGAGACUCUCCUUCUUCAGAGUCAAAUCGCAAAUCUAGAAAGACCGAGUAAUCGAGUGUUGUCUGCAUUCCGUAGCUGGUUUACAGGUGGAAUCCAACCGGCAACUGGAGCAAAGAUCGACCCAGUGCUAGGUGGAAGAGCAAAAGAUACGCUCGAUGACCGCCACGAUCUUGUAGCCCUGCGAACGCCGGCGGAUAAAGAUCCAUUGUCGUUGUUUUUGCAGAACCACUGGCCAUUUCCUGUUCGAAGAGCUGAAGAUGGCCAAGGAACUACUGGCCACUAUCUUGAAAAGCAUGUUGUUUGGGCAGUUGCAAUCAUCAGCACAAUCAUUGCAGCCAUACUGCUCAUUGGAGCAAUAGUUGGCCUGUACACCGUGCAGAAGACUGAGUGGCGUUUGAUCAUGUUGAGCUGCUUCACGGCCCUUUUUGCGAUCAGCGUGGGGCUUUUGACGAGUGCUCGGAGAGCCGAGAUAUUUGGAUCAACGGCAGCGUAUGCGGCUGUUCUGGUGGUAUUUGUGUCGAGUAACCUGGCUACUCUCCCUCCUGGGGGCUAG